CAUAUGCUAACCUGCUGCGGUAAAAAUCAAGCUUCAGAAUCCAUGAACAUACUUCCCUAGCUUUCGUUUCCUUUGAUCUCACCACCCUUCUCCAAGCAUGGGUUCUCCUCCACCCCCUCACGUCGGCGUAUCCUUCACACCCACUAAUCAUGCUAAGAUUCCAUCAAACAUCGAUCCCUCCUCGACUACUCUUCCCAACCCUUCCGUCGUCGUUGUCACAGGUGCGGGCAAGGGCUUAGGGUACCACAUCAGUCUUGCGUAUGCGAAGGCCGGUGCGAGCGGAAUCAGUAUUUCGUCACGCACGCUCUCUGACUUGGACACGUUAGAGAAGGAGAUUUCCAAAACCGCCGCAGAACACGGGAGGAAAAUAGAAGUAUUAAAGAGUGUAUGCGACGUCACGAGCGAAGAAAGCGUCAACGCACUGGAGGAAGAGGUCAAGCAGAAAUGGGGCAGAGUAGACGUAGUGAUGGCAAACGCGGGCAUCAUCUCAGCGUAUGUCGAGAACGGCAAAGAUGGAGAGUCGAAUCUUCCUGUUGGGCUGGUGCAAGAUGAUGACUGGGUGCGCGUGCUGGACAUCAAUCUGAAGGGGACGUGGCGCAUCAGCAAGGCUUUCAUGCCGCUUCUUGUCGCCUCGAAGGAUGGCCCGCAGACACUCAUCUGCUCGACUAGUAUCGGCGCCCAUUCGACGGAUAGCGAGCUAACGCCUAUCGCGUACAAUGUGUCGAAACUGGCGUGCAACCGCUUGAUCGAACAUGUUGCGAAUGACCAGAAGAAGGACGGCGUUUGCGCCAUUGCACUCCAUCCUGGAGGCGUGGUCACGCCGCAAACUCAGAAUCAUACCAAUGCUGCAUGGGGCUCGCUGCUGGGUGAUGAUGAAGGGCUUGCGGGAGCAGUGUGCGUGUGGCUAACCAAAGAGAAGAGGCUUUGGUUGAGCGGGAGGUAUGUGAGUAGCAAUUGGGACGUUGGGGAGUUGCAGGGUAUGCGGGAGAGGAUUGUUGAGGAGGAUCUGCUGAAGUUCAGAAUGGCAGUUUGAGCGGCGUGG